AUGCACUCGAUAGCACCCAGUCAAUCACAGAGAAGAAAACCUUGGAUUGAAACGCCAUUGAUUGAAUCAGCGGCACUCUCGAAGGUGGCAGGAUGUCGGAUUUUCCUGAAAUUGGACUGUUUACAACCUUCUGGUAGUUUCAAAUCAAGAGGAAUCGGCAACUUGAUCCUUUCCCAUUUAUCUGAUCCAUCAAACAAUGGCAAAAAGCUACACUUUUACAGCUCCUCAGGCGGCAACGCUGGUCUAGCAGCUGUAGUGGCCGCACGCGAGUUGGGCUGUGCUUGCACUGUCGUUGUACCUCAUAGCACAAAACAGCAUACGAUUGAUAAGCUGCGUGCGGCUGGUGCAAGCGAGGUGCUACAACAUGGUGCUAGUUGGUUUGAAGCCGAUACGUUUCUUCGGGAGACGUUCGUCGAUGUGCCGAAGCAGCAGGAAUCUGCAGAUGUUGCCGAAAAUGAUGGCGUCAAGAAUGUAUAUGUGCAUCCUUUUGAUAAUCCGAUCAUUUGGGAAGGACACUCUACUAUCAUAUCUGAGCUGGUUGACCAGUUACCGGCUCGUGAGGACGGGGACGACAGUCAGUUCCCUGCAGAUGUUGUUAUAUGUAGCGUCGGUGGAGGGGGGUUAUUCAAUGGUAUUAUCCACGGCCUUAGUGAAUAUAACAUAUCCCAUCCAACAGCCGGGCCAAGGGAAAAGAAAUUGGAUGUGCUCGCCGUCGAAACCAAAGGAGCAGACUCCCUCGCCUACUCAUUACAGAGCGGGAAACUGGCAUCUCUCGACGCAAUUACAUCCAUAGCAACUACUCUAGGUGCCCUGUGUGUGGCACCAAAAGCCUUUCAAAAUGCGCGUGAACCACCGGAAGGAGUCAAGGUUACGAGUGUGGUGGUGUCCGAUGCCGAAGCGGCUAGGGGGGUGGUUACAUUCGCGGAUGAGAUGCGUAUCCUUGUCGAGCCAGCUUGUGGGGUAUCCAUAGAUGUUGCACUAGGUGAGAGGUUGAGGAGUGCUGUCUUAGAAAGGGAGUUGGGGCCCGAUAGUCGUGUUGUGGUUGUUGUUUGUGGUGGUUCAGCUGUGACACCCGAGGUUGUAGCUGAGUAUCGCUUACGACUUGCACAGGGUUGGGUCUGA